AGGCAAGAAGUUCUUCGCGAUCACCUUCAUUGGCAGCAUCGUGUGGAUUGCCGCCUUCUCCUACCUCAUGGUCUGGUGGGCGAAUCUGGCCGGCGACACCGUCAGCAUUCCUCCCGAGGUGAUGGGGCUGACGUUCCUGGCGGCCGGCACCUCCAUCCCCGACCUCAUCACCAGCGUCAUCGUGGCGCGGAAAGGCUUCGGCGACAUGGCCGUCUCGUCGUCCGUCGGCAGCAACAUCUUCGACGUGACCGUCGGGUUACCUGUGCCUUGGCUGCUGUUCGGCAUCAUAAACGGGAAGCCCGUGGAGGUGAACAGCGUGGGCAUGGUGUGCUCCAUCUCCAUCCUCUUCAUGAUGCUGAUCUUCGUCAUCUUGUCUAUCGCCUGCUUCCGCUGGAAGAUGAACAAAGGCCUGGGCUUCACCAUGUUUCUGCUGUAUUUUGUCUUCGUGGCUGUCUCGCUCAUGUUCGAGUACAAGAGUACAACCACCCAGCUGGGCAAUGUUGGCAGUAUCACUCUUGCCAAGGCUGCAGGCCUGGUGUUUGGAAAACACUUAUCUGUACUGUCUGUUCUGUUGCAGAAUGGCUUUAUACCAAUCCUCUUUUCUAAUCAGAUUAUGGUGUACCUAGUGGACUGCAGUUCUGAUAUUGCUGCCUUGCCCAGCCGCAAAAGCAAUAACACAAUCACAAUGAGAUCCUCUUGGUUCAAGGAACAUGAAGGAAUCAAUAAAUGUUCAGAAAUUAUUCUUAUUGUGUGGGAAGUAAAUAUGCACAAACAUGUGCUCAUUAUUCCUGAACAGACUAAAACACAUGUGUCUUCAGUACAACAAUGCAUGUUGGGAAAUUUUGUCAUCUUUUUUUUUUUUUAUGGAAGAGGGAAUAUGAGAAAUAAAAUCUGA